AUGGGGACGUAUAGUGCUGUGCUGAAAUACCAUAAGCGAAGGAAUUGUUUUGGAUAUAUCCAACAGCGAUACAGUGAUAUAGCAGGAACGACGAACAUACAGGUUAAUGCAACCACUUCGGGCGCAUAUAAUAUCAUCAGAUGUGAAAAUCCAGCAGAUUGUGGUAUAAUCCAAGUUUUUACGCCAAAUGAUCAUUGUUGUUAUAGACCCAAAAUAUUAUUUAUUAACAAAAUAUUCGCGGACUUGUUUGGCCUUCGUGAAAAUGAAGAGGUGAUUGUUCAAAAGAUAAAAAUGGCUCCUGUAUGCAGUUCAUUUGAAGUGGAGUUAGCUUCAGCCGAAGAUUGGAAUGUUGUCCAAAAUUCGUCGCAACGAAUUGAAGAAUUACUUCUGAAACAAAUUCAAUUAAUUACUGUUGGCCGAACAUAUCCAGUUUGGAUUGCUCAAAAUCUUUAUAUUUAUUUCACUGUUGCUCGGAUCGAAGCAUUUUCGUCUUUGAUGCAGAACGCUUGUCUUUGUGAAUUUACGGAGAUCCAUGUGAAGCCUUUUUGCUCAUAUCCUAAUAAUCUCAAAAAAAACAGUUCAAGAGAUGUAUUGGGAGUACUUUCAACAUCUUUUGCAUGCAAAAUGAAGGAUUUAUUUUCGGAUUUAGCUCCUAAGCCAUUUGUGUUCAGGAUUCAAGAUUACUGUGGUAAUGUUCUUAAUAGGACUGUAGCUCGAGUAUUGCCCGAAAUACUGAUCAAUGACGUUUUUCUGGAAGAACUGAAUAUACUUGCUGUCUUCAGACUUAAUUUCAGUAAGAGUAAUUCAGAAAUCAUCACAAUAUCAACUGUUUGUAAUAGUGAAACUGGUCGGACAAUACAUGCUUUACUUAUUGAACUACCGAUGGCAUGUUCUCGUUUUGCUGCAUUAAGAGACUGUUUAAAGCGAUAUGAUCCUCAUCACUGUGCCUUCUCACCUGCACUGUAUCAGCUUAUGAAUGGAGAAUAUGAAUGGAUUAAAGUAUCCCCUUUACGGAAGGAUUACAUUUAUCAGCUUGAAAUCCUCGAAGUACUAUCAGAAAACAAGUUACCUGAUAAUUUCAAUGAACGUUUGCGAAACUAUUUGUGGAAGACUUGCCGACAUUAUCCGAUAAUUGUGCCAAUUGAUGGACUCAAAGUAGAAAUGAACUUAACUCACAGAGCUCGUAUACAGUGUCGGAUUCGACCUCACCUUGCGAAAAAAGAUGAAGGGGCUCGGAAAUGUUUUAUCUUCACUAACGAUAUAUUUCCUAUACUCGAAUAUCCGAACACUGAAUCAAUGAAGAACAAUAUGCAGGUACAGGGAACAGGUGUAAAUGAGGAUAUCAAUAAGGCAAUUGUUAAUUUCGGCGGAUGGAAGAAUGAAACAGUUAAAUUUUCGUUCCAAAUUGCAUUUAUUGAAAAAUGUUACACAUAUAUUAUAUAUCAUUUGGAGAAGCGUACUUUUUCCUCAUCAGAAAAUAUUUUUAUAGUGGGUAAUAAAUCAACAGGCAAAACAACUAUUCUACACUUGCUUGCAGAAAGACUACUGCACUCUCACUUGGCUGUUUAUAGUGAAUGUCUAUAUUGCUUUGAAUGGAAUGGAAAAUCAAUUGAGAAAUUUCAAGAUGUAUUAAAAGCUGCGAUGACGCGCCUAAGGCGACGCUAUCCUUCAAUUCUUUUCUUGGAUAAUUUGGAUUUUUUAUUGCAUGGUCAAGAUGAGGACGUGAGAAAUGUUCGUUUGGAAAAAUGUGCCGAAUUAGUCCGAAAUUUGGCCAUUGAAAAUGAUUUAUUGAUUGUUGCAACGGCAUGCACCAAACACGAAGUUGUUGAAUUGUUUUCACUGAAUACCGGCAAGCGAUUUUUUGGUCAUGUGGAAAGCAUCAACGAACUUAGUCCGGUUCCACCGUUUGGUAGUUUAAUCAAGGUACUGUUAAAUACAGUUACUGGUGGCUGA